AUGCUGCAACACAACGCGUUACACGUUACACGUCACCACAUACAUACUAUGUUACACCCGGCACCAACCAUGGUGGGAGUCAGGUCGCGCAUUGUGUACACAUCAUUUCUCGCUUUAACUUCCAACACAAAUUCAAAGUACAAUGUUAAUAAUGGCAAUAGAAAUAACGCGACAGUACACAACACGAGACAUGUGGCCACGGUUCGUGUCGGGGACUGUACUACGGCCAACUACGGCACCACUCACCCUCACCGACACAUAAUGUACGCAGCACACUGGCAGAAUGGUGGCACGUUCAAAAUAUGA